AUGCCAGAUAUCAAAAUUCGUGCCGUGACCUUAUUCGUUUUAGCCAUAUUUGUUGAGAUAUUCAAUGCACAAUCAAUUUCAACCACAAAUCCGUCGACCUCUUCCACAAAUGGGACCUGCACUUGGUUCUCGGCUUGUUACACCAACAACGACUGUAACGGGGGAUCGUGUGUGGGAUUCGCUCUGAACACAUGCAACUGCUGGACAUGCGUCUCCUCUCUUCCAUGUCAAUCUGAUUCGACUUGCGGUGGGCUUGUAGGUGCUUGUAAUGCGGCGACGAAGAGUUGCGAUUGUUUGACGCCACUUGUACAAGCCGGUUACCCAGACCUUCUCAGCGUGUUGACAAAGUUUUGCUUUGUGCAAACGUGUUCGGCCGGUUGUUAUGGAUUGCCGUGUAAUAAGGGCAUUUGCGUGUCAUGCCCAUUGACUGGU